AUGCAUGUGAAGAAAGAAAUGAAUGAAUCCAGUUUUUUAGUGCAAUCUUUCCAUCAAUCGGCAUCUGUGUUUGGACGAUUGGAUAGAAAGAAGUCGUUGUCAACUCCAACUAUUCCGUCACAAAAUGUAAACUAUUUGUGUGUACCUAAGUUAGUUCAUCACAGACUGCAGCAAAAGCGUAUCGAAAUGGGAAAAGAGUUUUCCUUCGACGACAUUGCUAUCCAUACGGAAGUACAGCGUGCAACAACUUAUCAUACAAUAGCCAAAAGCAUUUCGCAGUCAACAUUAACUAUACCAGAGAACUACAGUUUCACGUCGGUCCAAAUUCAAAUUUAUAAGCGUAGAUGGUUUUUGCUGGUUUUGACAGUGCUUAGUAUUGCGAUUUCCUACGUGCAGUGGAUUCAAUAUAGUAUUGUUGCCAACAUAAUGGCAAAAUAUUACACCAUUUCUUCGGCUUGGAUAGACUGGACAUCGAUGAUUUUCAUGGUAAUCUAUAUAGUAGCAGUUUUUCCCGUGUCUUACGUUAUGGAUGUGCGAAACAUGAGACAAUCUGCUGUGACCGGGACUGUUGGUACCGCACUGGGCGCAUGGAUAAAAGUGUUUUCUGUGGAUCCAACGCGGUUUAAUGUGGUCAUUAUAGGGCAAAUCAUUACUGCAAUUGCACAAGUGUUUUUGCUCAGCAUUCCGUCGCGAUUGGCUUCUACCUGGUUUUCUCCCGAGGAAGCUUCAUCAGUAUGCGCGUUCGGCGUUUUUGGUGCACAGCUAGGAAUCGCCAUCGGGUUUUUCCUGACCCCCAUGAUCAUAACGAAUCAUAACGAUAUCGCUUCAAUCGGCGUUGAUUUACAAGUUUUUCUUAUGGGAGUAGCUGGAAUUUCAACAAUGAUAGCAUGUAUGGUCAUAGCAGUAUUUAAAUCAGAACCACCUUUUGCACCAAGUCAUGUUCAGGCAUUGCAACGUACGAUGAAACCACGCCGGAAAGACUACUGGCCAGCAGUAGGGCGAUUACUAAAGGACGACAAUUAUCUUAUUCUAGUAAUCGCGUACGGUAUUAAUGUCGGUUUGUUCAAUGCCUUUUCUACUCUAUUGAACCAAAUCGUUCUAAAUUACUUUCCGGAUAGCGCCUCCGAUGCAGGAAGAAUUGGUUUGGCUUUAAUAGUGCUGGGUUUAAUUGGAUCCAUGGUAUUCGGUUAUCUUCUUGAUACAAGCCAUAAAUAUAAAGCCACUGCCGUAUGGGUAUGCCGGUUGUCAGCUGUAACACUGGUUAUAUUCGCUCUUGCACUAGAAAGCCGCUCCAAGAAACUGUUAGCCGUUGCAUCCGUAUUUCUUGGUUUUUUCAUGACAGGGUUUCAACCGAUUGGGUAUGAGUUUGCAGCAGAGCUUACAUUCCCUGAGCCAGAUGGACCGGUUAUGGGUAUUCUGAACAUUUCUACACAAAUUUUUGGAAUCGUCAUAACAUUGAUGAUUUCCGGAAUUCAGAAUAUAUUGGGAGAUUUCGUUGGAAACAUCGUGUUUGCAGCAUUUCUGGUCCUGGAUGGAAAUAUCAUCGCUUUAAUUCGCUCAGAUUUACGACGAUACAAUACUCACCUGGAGAUAGAAAGCGAAGCUGCGAGGGAAUUUGCCGAGGAUGCAAGCGUGCAUUAUGGUGACCUUUCUAACUAUGAGGAUGCUGCAUUGAAACUUAAAAUAGAUCCAUGUAGUUGAUAAGACAAGGAGUUGAAAAUGUUAUCUUGCGUCUAGAUA